UGAUGAUGAUGAUGAUGAUGAUGAUAAUAAAAACAAUAGUAAUAAUAAUAAUAAUUAAAAUAUCUAGCUUGAAGAGGGAAAACUAAGAGAGAUUGUCGGAACGUGAUUUGAGACUAAAAGAUGGAGAGAACGAAUGAAAAAAAGAGAAGAAAAAGAAGAAGGUGGUGGGAGAUGGAUGGAUGGUUAGAUGAAUAGAUGGAUCGAGAGUGUACGAAGGAAUUGUGAAGGAAAAUUUAAUGAAAAAGAGAAUAAAAGUAAUAAGUAAAAUAGAAACGAAUGAAAGAACGAAAGUAAAAGAAAAAGAAUUACAAUCGAGAAAAAAAGAUUACAAUUGAGUUACGAUAACUCGACGAUAAUUAUAUAUGAUUCUAGUAACGAUAAUUAGAAUUGUAACGAUAGGAAAGAGAUUCAUGUGUGAUAGAUUAAAGAUCGGGGACACGAUAAAAGAUUGGUACGGCACUGCUUAUUGAUCUCACUACCAAAGAGAUACGUGUAGAGUGUACGCGUAAUGCAGGCGGUGCGCGCGAGGACGCGCCAGCUGAACGGCGGAGGUUGAACGUAGAGUGCGCGCGUUGUGUCCACGUUUUAAAAUCGUAAAACCGUCAUUGUCAUCGGUCAUCCACGAGAGUUAGGAUGGAUCGAAAAGAAAGGACGAAAAGAAAUGAACUAUCAGCCAAAACGAAAAUAUACGAGAAAGGGAUAAGGAGAAUGAUAGCGACAGUGGGGAUAGAUGGUGAUGGUGUCGGCGAAGCCAAGUGCCAACACUACGAUAUAGUAGAAGCAACCCUCCAUCGUUUCCUCCGCCGUUACCUCCGCCAAUUCCACCGCCAUACUGACUGAUUUACCCUCGGUCUCGGACACGUCUCGAGUUCGCCGCCGUCGUCGAGACUGUCGCGUCGCCACGCACAGUGGAGCAACGAAACGCCAGCGCUCGCUCGCUCGUUCGUUCGUUCGUUCGUUCGUUCGGUGCUGCUGAAAGACCCGAACAACCCCUGAGCGACGUUCGAUAAACGCGCGCGCUUUAUCAGAAAAUAUUCCUUAGCUCAUUUUUAAAGAGCUAUGAUUUAAACCCAUCAAUACGAGAAUCACCGGGACCAUAUUCCAAGGAAGAUAUAACAUCGAGCAAUCUUAUUUCUCACCCCCGGUUAAAUAUUUAUGGGGUUUCCAUCGAUGGUAAAGAAGAAAAUAGAUCAUUUGUUAUUUUGUCAGUGAUCAUUUGUUGUGCACUAUAACGAUUAUUGCAAAGAAUGAAACUCGGACAUACGAUCGAGGAUUCAAGAAAAAAGUAUCCCGAACUUACGGAAGAACUUUUGGAAAAGUUGAAAGAAUGGGUACAACAAUGCAAUCUUUCUGAUGUUCCACAAGAGCAAUUGGCAAUCUUUGCACAGAGUUGUUAUUUUCAAACGGAUGCUACAUUACGAUGCAUGGAGACUUAUUACAGAAUAAGAACAAACACUCCGGAAUUUUUUAGCAAUCGUGAUAUCAAAUUAGAUAACUUGCAAUGUUCCCUGAAAGUACUGGAAUUUGUAAUGCUACCUGUACCGGAUCCCAAUGGAUAUAAUAUAAUUUUUCAUCGACUGGCAGACACUAAAGCAAGUAAAUAUUUCUUGAAUGAUGCUAUAAAAUUAAUGAUGAUGACCGUGGAUGAGAAUCUUUACAACUAUGGCUGUUCACCCGGUUAUAUUUUUCUUUUCGACAUGGCCGGUGUUAAUAUAGCCCAUUUAACGAGAAUAUCCAUUGGCAGUAUUCGAAAAUUAUUUGAAUAUGUGCAAGAGGGAAUGCCAAUUAGAUUGAAGGCUAUUCACGUAAUAAAUGUCGUUGGUUUUAUGGAUAAAAUUCUUUCAAUCCUGAAGCCAUUUAUGAAUAGCGAAAUCCUUGAAAUGUUACAUUUACAUACCGGCGAGAUAUCGGAAAUUUACAAAUAUAUACCACCUAUGUGCCUUCCAAAAGAUUAUGGAGGUGAAUUGGACUGCAUCGAAGUACUUCAUGGGGAACAUUUACGUAAGCUGGAACAAUUGAGAGAUUAUUUCCAUGAGGAAGAGACUAUACGUCAGAACUAUAAUACCUCGAUGAAAAAAGAAAAAUAAACUAUGAUGUUAUAAUGGGUUUUUAAUAAAGACUAAAAAAAAAAAAAAAAAAAAAAAAAAAAAAAAAAAACAAAAAAAACAAAAAAAAAUAAAUAAAUAAAUAAAGGAAAAAAAAUGAGAAAAAGAAAGAAAAAAAAUUGUACCCAAGAAAUUUUUUAUCAUCGAAGACAAUUGUUAAUCAAAGACUGUAUUAAUAUAUAAAUAGGAUAAACGAUCUCAUAUUUUAAA